AUGCCUCUGCUCCCAGCUGGGACCAUUCUCACACAGCAGCUGAACCGAGCCGCGCAGCGAUCUGUUGUAGUCUUCGUGUGUCCCGGAUUUGCGAAGCUCGAGGAUCAGCGCCAAGGAAGAAUUUUAUCGUUCGAAAAGCGUCGUCGAAAGCCGAAGUCGUCGUCUCCAGCGCCUGUUAUGGGAUCGACUGACGAAGCACAAGGGUAUGGCAAGGAUCAACAGAUGCCGGCAGGCUACCCCGACUGGGCAGCGGCUUUCCAGGCGUACUACGGCCAGGCGGGGCAACCACCGCCGGGGUACUAUCCCGCAGCAGCCGCCGCUCCCCAGCACCACCCCUACAUGUGGGGGCAGCACAUGAUGGCGCCCUACGGCCAGCCUCCCCCCUAUGGCGCCCCCAUGUAUCCCCCUGCUGCCAUGUACCCGGGCGCGCAGCCUUAUAUGGGGUACGGCAUGCCGUCAGCGACAGCAGCAUCAAUGGAUGCAUCCUCGGUAUUAUGUAUGGACAAGUAUGGACGUGGAGUGUGUGUGGUAAACCGAUUUGCAUGUAACCAUCACAUUUCAUUGUUCCGUGACUGUGCCACGACUCCCUUCCUCUCCCUCCCUCCUGGCAAUGGCGCCAGCCAUGCCACCGGGGGCAAUGCACGUGAAGCAGGGGGAGAGGGGGCGAGUGGCGCGUAUUCAUUUUUGUGCCCACCUUCCCUUCCCCUCCCCCUGUCUUCCCCCGUCCCCCUUCCCUCACCCGUCCCCCUCCCCUCCCCCGUCCCCCUCCCCUCCCCCGUCCCCCUCCGCUCCCCUGUCCCCCUCCGCUCCCCCGUCCCCCUCCCCUCCCACGUUCCCCUACCCUCACCCGUUCCCCUCAACUCCGCUGUCCCCCUCCUCUGUAUCCCCCUUCCCCAGGCCAUGGCGCCAGGCACGCCACCAGUGGCAAUGCACGCGGAGCAGAGAGAAGGGGGCCAAGCCAAUGACACGCCUUCAUUCUUGUGCAUGCCGCCAGUGGCAAUGCACGCGGAGCAGAGGGAUGGGGGGGGUGCGGCAGCAGCAGGGGGCGCGGGGGGGGCGGGGGGAGGGGGAGGGGUAGGGGUUGGGGAAGAUGGAGGGGGCGCAAAGGCUGGGGAAGGGGGGGCUAUGGGCGCAGGGGGAGGGGGAGGCGGAGGGGGAGGCGGAGGCGGAGGAGGGGUGGGGCUGGGGGGCGGGAUGACGUCAGAGGGGUCAAAGCUGCAGUCAGGGAAUGGCGUGUUCUCCACCAGGCGGAAUGGGGGGGAUUCCGGGGGUGGGGGGGGCGGGGGGGCGGCUGGGGCGGCAGGGGGAGCUGGGGGGAUGGUUGGCGGGGGGAUGGGUGCUGCUGCUGGUGGCAGUAGCGGUGGGGGUGGUGCUGGGGGCGCGGGGGGGGCGGUGGCUGGGAAGAAGCGGGGUGCAGUGGCGGGGGGAGGAGGAGGGAUGGGGAUGACAUCAGAUUUAUGGGUGCACUCGGACGACCGUGAGGUGAAGAAGCAGCGCCGCAAGCAGUCCAACAGAGAGUCGGCACGGCGGUCGCGGCUGCGCAAGCAGGCGGAGUGUGAGGAUUUGAUGGGGCGGGUGCGUGCGCUGACGGAGGAGAAUCAGACGAUUCGGGUGGAGCUGCAGCGCAUGCAGGAGGAGUGCCACAAGAUGGCGCAGCAGAACGCCCUCCUGCAGGAGCGGCUGAACGGCACCAAGGCAGCACCAGGUGGUCCCUCCACACACCCUGCCGCCGCCCUCCCUCUGCCACCCUCGGGACUUGCUCCCCACGCACUGCCGCCACCAGAUGCAACCGCAGCCGUUGAUCCUUCUGGAGCUGCGAUGCCAUUGGCCGGUGGGCCUGGUGGUGAUGUGAAUGGUGCGCUAGCGCCUGUAGGUCAGCAGCAGCUACAGCAGGGAGGCGUGGGGGGAGGAGGGCUAGCAGUUGGCACUGGUAGUGGUCAUCGUGGGGGGGAGGCGUUAGGUGCUGCAGGCUCUUCUGCUGGGACAGCGGUAGUGCGAUUAGGGCAAGCGAGCGAGAAGAGCAAUGUUGUGACUGCUGUUUCAUGA